AUGGAAGAUGCAUCUUCCAUUGAUGAUAUAAUUAAUUCUAUUGGAAUUCAGGAAUGUUCUAAAGUUCUUACUCAAAUGAAACCAACAUCAUUUGCACUUGAUAUUGCAUGUUUAUUAGUUAAAAAAGAUGGAUUUAUUUUAGACAAAUGGUUGAUUGAACAAAGAAAAUUAAGAGGAAAUAUUUUUGGUAAAGAAAUUAUUCAAUUCAUUAAAGACAAACAAUUAUUGGCUACUGGAGUUUCUCCAUUUAAAUUGGAUUUAGAAGUAGUGAAACAAUUAUUAGUUACUGCUUCUUCGUGUGGGUCUAGAAAAGAAGCAAAUGAAUUAGAACAACAAUUUUAUACUAAAACACCAAAGAAAGAGACAAUUCCAGGAAGAGCAAAUGAAAUUUUUGGAGAUUAUUUCAAAGGAAAUUAUACGGUAGAAGCAAUUGUUAAUGUAAUUAUUAAGAUGCGUGACAGUAAUGACACAUCGGAUAAUGAUUUAUUUGCUUUCUUUAUUAAAACAUUAUUUGAUGAGUUUAAAAGAAUUAGUGAUUUUCUUAAAGUUGAUGUUGUUGUUCAAUUUGGGAAUUUAUAUGGAGAAAUAAUUUCUAAGGGUGUACUAAAGAAUUGUGCUUUAAUUCAUAUUUUAAGAGUUAUUCUAUGGGCACUCAGAGAACCUAUUUCAAGUAAUUUCUUUACAUGUGGAUUAACUGCACUUAGUAGAUUCAAGAAUCGUUUACAUGAAUGGCCAACAUAUUGUUAUUUAUUAAAAGAACUUAAGAGUAUUGAAACUCAAGACCCUCAAUUAUAUAGAACUAUCUGUGAAAAUGCAAAUAGUAAAUUUGCAAUUGUAUUAGCUCUUAUUCAAAAAUUAUACCCUCGUGUUUAUCCUCAAAUAGUAUUAGACUCAAAAAGUGUUUCAGUUAUUAGGACUUUAUGUGGAUGUUUUGAGGAUAUAUCAUCUAUGAGUAUAGAACAAAUUAAGAAAGAAUCUGAAAAUGUGUUUAAUACUUUUAAGCCAGCACAAAUGACUGAAAUGAUUGAAACAUCAUUAUUUAUGGUUGCUAUUAUAAGAGAAUCAACACAAUCAAAAUGUAUUGAUACUAUACAAUCAUUUGGGUUUUCUUUGGAUAAACUAAAUUUAUUUACAGUUGAAAUGAUUAAUAUGUUAUUAAAACGAAGAGAAUAUGAUAAACAAACUGCUUCUUUAUUUGAAUCAUUAGGUUCAUUAUUAGGUCUUCUCACUAUUGGAAUGAAUAAACCAUUAAGGUCAAAUAAACUAGUUCCUAAAUCAUUAUUAACAGAUCAAUUAACAGUUGAAAAUUUUGAUGUUAUGUUAGAAUUUGUUGUUCACUUCUUAUUCUCUUCUAACAAAUCUGAUAUAUUUACUCCAAAUAAUCCUUGGAUUGUUCCAUUACUUCAAGUAGUAUGUGAAGUUUCUUUAUCUCCUGAACUUAUAACUCACCAUAGUUCGAUAGAAAAAUUACUUCAACUACUUCAUAUUUCUGCUAAAGAUUAUCUCGAAUGUCAUCCAUUACGUUCUUCUGCUGAAGACUCAAUUGAUAAACUACGUAAAUUUGCUAAAGAAAGAAACAAUGGGGAUGAAGGUAUUUUUUAUGAAUUUGUAGAAAAUAAACAAUUAAUUCCUGAAAAGACUCUUAAGCAAGUGUUAUUAUCAGAAAAGUCAUUAUGUUAUGUUAAAUCUCUUAAGUCUAUUCCUGAUAUUCAAUUGCCUGAGUAUUUGAUAUGUCCAUCUUUAUCUUUAGAUCAAUGGUAUAUUAUUAUUCUGUGUUUCCUUGAUUUUUCAUUACAAGAUAUAAGCAAAACAACUACUGUAAGUAUGAAUGCUAUUAUAACAACUGUUAUUCAAUUAGUUCAAAAAGAUUUUGCAAUGGAAACUGAUAUUAGUAAAAUCACAGAAGCUACGAAUCGUGUAUUUAACAUUGCUCAAAAAUUAUCACAAUAUACUUGUAGAAGUUGUUUAGAUACUAAACUUUGGAAAUAUAUUAUUCCUUAUGUUAAUAUUGCUAUUAAACAAAAAGAUAUUUCUAAACCUAUUGAACAAAUAAAAGAAAUUGUUAUGAAUAGUCUUCAACCCCAAAUAGAAAAGGCUGUUUCUAUUAAAUUAGAAGAACUUAAAAAAAGUGCUAAACGACAACUUGAACAAUUCAUUCUUCAAAUAACUCCUGAACGACAAGCUGCUAUAUCUAAUAAUAAUAAUAAGUUUGUUGCUAAAGGAUUUGAAUACCUGAAUGAUGCACCUCAAUUACCUCCUAAACUUCAAAUUGCAUAUGGUGGUGUUACUAAUUAUCAAAUGGAAACAUAUGCUAUAGGAGUGACAAAUGAAACAAAACAACAUUUAGAUGAUAAAUUAGUUAGUUUUGUUCAUCAACCACUUCGUCUUGAUACAAUUGAAAAAUACGUUCAAUUAUUAACACCUGAAUGUACAGAAAAAACUGUUAGUAAACUUAUUGUACAAUGUAUAAAUAAAGGAAGUAAAGAUUAUUGUAUUCGAACAAUGGAAAUUAUUGGAAUUAUUUUUAUUAAUAAUAAAAAGCAACCAAACCGUUGUAAUGAAUUACUUUCUGAAAUCUUUAAUGAGGUUUGUACUACCUUUGAAAAGAAUUAUAAUAUUUCUUCAUUUAACCCAGAGAUUUAUGCAACAAUACUUUCUUCAUUAAUAGAAAUGCUUAUUGAAAAAUCAUUAAAUAUCAUUGACACUGUCUUAUUAAUGAACCAUUUUAUGACUUUCUUCCAAAGAUUACAUCCAAACCAAUUCCCAAAAUUUACUUGUCAAUGGAUUGAACUAUUCUCUCAUAGAAGUUUAUUGCUCAGUCUUUCUAAACCUUCUGAAAAAAAGAAUAGAGUCUUGUUUAUGUACUUUGACUUAUUUAUGAAAUAUUUACAAUUUGUUCAACCAAUAUUAACUUUAAAAGUUUCUAUUAGUCAACAAAUAUACUCAGCAACACUCGUAUCAAUCCUUACAUUAAGAGAAUGUUUUCCAACAUUCUUAUCAUUUUUUGCUUUAUCAUUAGUAUCUGCUAUUCCUUACACUGCAGUAUCUCUAAGACUUCCAAUAUUAACUGUUGUUUCUCAUGACGAUAACUAUUCUGACCACUUUGAAACUAUUAUAAAAAAGAUUCCUCUUGAAAUACAAGAAGUGUUAAAUAAAGGUGAUGUUGCUUCAAUGAUACCAUUCAUCAAAACACCUUCAGCACUCCCUAUUGUUGUUGGACUAUUAACAAAAAAGUCACUAAACCUUUUAGAAGAUCUUUUAAAAUUAUGUUCAGAGUCUCAACAAAUAGAAAUUAUCAAUGCGGUUGUUGAUUUAAUGAGGCUUCAAACAGAAACAACUCAAAUGAUGAAAGACUUUAUUUCAAAAUUAAUUUCUUCGAAUAUUGAAAAUUUAAACGAAAUUAUAUUAAGGGUUUUAAUAGAACGCUCAUUUGGUGAAUAUCAUCAAGUUGGUGCUAUGAAAGCAUUAGAGUCAUUAGUUCAAACACACCCUCAGUUAAUCCAUUUGGCGAAACGUAAAUCAACUAUUGUAGCUCAAAAAUUAUCUGAACUUUGUUAA